UUGUUUUUUCCGGCAUUAGCAUUAAGUUUAAAGUUUAAAAUAAGUAUGACGACGUGGGGCAAUAUCUGCCGCAUCUGCAGCAGCCCCGCAGACUAUGAGAUAUUCGCCAAGAUUCCCACUUACCUGCACGGCUCCACAAACGAGUUCCUCAACUGGCAGAAGCCCAUAAACAUUCUGCUCGAGGAGACGACGGGCCUGAAGAACUCCACGGAUGACGGCCUGCCCCGCAACAUAUGCGCUCCGUGCAUCUCGUAUCUCAAGCACGCCGUCACUUUCCGGGAGCAGUGCAUCAAGAAUGCUUUGAGUCUGAAGCUAGCGGAGCUCUACCAGCAGAAGAGGGUCAACAUCUCGGAUGCGAACAAAAUGGACAAGGAGAGCGCCCUCUUCACGGCCGAGGAUCUGCGCUUCGUGGAGCAGCGACCCGUGCACAAUCUCCUGCUGAACAACAGCAGCGCCAAGCUGGAGUCGUCCAAGGACAAGGUGCACAAGCGACUGCUCCACCAGGCGGCCCCCGAAGAGCAGAGGAUCCAGUACUUGAACGUGCUGUUCAACAAGGAGCAGCAGCACAACGCCAUGUCAAGGAAUCCUCAGGAUGGUGAGCUGCCCUCGGGAAGCGGCCAAAACGAGGACGAAGAGGAUGACUACGGGGUAGCCAGCUCCAGCGACGACAACGAGGAGGCGGCCCUGCUGCGCAAGCACAAGAACUGCUACAACUACAGCGAGACGAACUUCGAGGAGGACGAUCCCAUGGAGCAGGACCAAGUGCAGCUGCGCGACAUCAAGGUCAAUAUACCGGAGCCCAUGUGGAAGGAGCGCAAGUGCCCGGCCUGCUCCAAGCGCUUCAUGUUCGAGGAGUCGCAGCAGACGCAUCUGGACAACUGCGUCGAGUAUCAGUUUGUCACCUUUGUGACUGAAGUCACGAAGCUGCUCGAGAUUAGGCGGCAAAAAAUGGUCUCGCCGCAUGAAUUCAUCCGGCGGAUGAUAUUCGCCUUGCACAAAACCUGCACGUGGUUGCAGGAACAUUCCAUAGACUCGCUUCUGGCCGAGAAGCUCAAUCAGGUAAAGGUGUCCAACGGAGAGAAGACAACGGAGGCGACCAUUCCUGCCGAAAUUCCCGAUUCCCGCGCGGUGGAGGAGCAGCCAUUCGCCCUUUUUGACUUUGUCAGCGGCACAACGACUCCCAUUACGGAGGAGAAUAAUGUCCUGUACGCCAUUGCGCGUACGGAAAGCAGAAACUCACAAAGUACGCCGACUGUUAAGAAGCCCAUUCCCAUUCGCGGAGUAGCCGCGGGCCUGGGAAUUGGCCUGGACAAGCACAAGGAGCGCGCCACGUUCCUGGAGAAGCUGCAACGGGCUGUCGUCUCUCCCGGCACGGUUUCAGCCCCCAUAUUCUCAGCUAGAUGCGGCCAGUGCAAUUUAGUAUUCGACUCGGUCUCCGAACUGGAGGUCCACAAUCACAAUGUCCAUCGGGGCAAUGAACUGAAUGCCGACGACGAAGCCAAAAGGCGUCAAAUAAUCGCCCUCUUCGAGGAUGACAUUUAAGUUUUCCAAAGACUCGUUUUUUUUCGAUGCAUGGUGGCUGAAUAUAUUUAAAUUAAUAAUCUCGCCAGCCACCUUGCUUCACUGUUUUUUGUCAAAUUGUA